AUGUCUUCCGCAUCUGACUUGCGAAGCCUAAUCGAGCAUACUUUGGGAUACCAGCUUAUUGGAGCGUUCAUCGCUGCCGUGACGUUUGCGCUCGAAAAUGGUUUAACAUGUCUCGUCACCCUCGUGGUGCAAUGCUUCUUCGCUCAUCGAGUCUGGCUUGUGAGCAGUAAAGAAACCAAGAUAAUCCCAGCCAUAAUAGCUAUAUGUUCCCUUGUUGGAUUUGGUGGUGGAUGCGCCUAUGUAAACUCCCUCCUUGCUAUCCUCAACGCGCGGGAAUAUCUCGGCAAGGCUCUCAAUGGUCCCGACAACAUCCGCACCAUAUCCGGACUUCGUUUCAAUAUUGGCUCUGCGGCCAAUUCUACCGCGCUUACGAGAUUUAGUAACGCUGCGGGAGCUAAUAUCGAGCUUGGAGCUGGAAGUCAAAAUGACCAGCGCGGCCAGGAGAGAGAGAUCAAGUUCGCCAAUUCUGUGCCACUAGAGCGCGAGAGCUCCUUUGGUAGGGUGUGA